CGCUUAGGCAACCAGCUGGGGAAUAAAGACCUGCGGAAGAACGGGAGGGCGGAUGGAACUGAAGCCCGGAACUUUACUCUCCCGCGGAUCCGGAAAACUGCGGACUGGCGGAGGGAGGGGAUGAGGUGCUGCUGCAGCCCGCUCCCGGAAGUUGAGGGCUUCGUUUCCGAGGGGAAGGGCUUCCGAGACUGACGGGGAGGUGGCGGUGUAGUCUCGUGGCACUAGAGCUGGCCGGGCUAGCCUGGAAGGAAAAGGACCGGAGAGGACAGUAAAAAAAUUGUCUACAAUCUGACUACCCAAGAUGGCCAUAUUUUGAUGGAUUUCCUUCAUGUUUUUGUUUUCUGCCUGCAUCUUUUUGCAUAAAUGAGAAUACAUUCAUUAUAGCUAUCUGUGUCUGUAUUUUUCCCACUGGACAUUAUCAUGACAAUAAAGAUUGAACUGUAGAAUCCUGCUUACCUGUGAAAUGCAGUUAACACAUCAGCUGGACCUAUUUCCUGAAUGCAGGGUGACCCUUCUGUUAUUUAAAGAUGUAAAAAAUGCUGGAGACUUGAGAAAAAAGGCCAUGGAAGGUGUCAUUGAUGGUUCAUUAAUAAACCCUACUGUGAUCGUCGAUCCAUUUCAGAUACUUGUGGCAGCAAACAAAGCAGUUCAUCUCUACAAACUAGGGAAGAUGAAGACGAGAACUCUCGCUACUGAAAUUAUUUUCAACCUGUCCCCAAAUAACAAUAUUUCAGAGGCUUUGAAAAAAUUUGGUAUCUCAGCAAAUGACUCUUCAAUUCUAAUUGUUUACAUUGAAGAUGGAGAAAAACAAAUAGAUCAAGAAAACCUAAUAUCUCAGGUAGAAGGUCAUCAAGUUUCUCUGAAAAAUCUUCCUGAAAUUACAAAUAUUACAGAAGUUAAAAAGAUAUAUAAACUAUCUUCAAAAGAAGAAAGUAUUGGGACAUUGUUGUAUAGUGUCAUUUGUAGAAUGUCAACAAAAGAUGUUUUGUGAAAUUACAGAAAUAUUAAAAACUUUCACCAUUUGUAAAAA